UGACAUGCCUUUGGCAUCAGACAACGAACCACAAUCGCCCACAAAGCCGUUGGCGUCACAUGGCCUGCACCUCCAGGUCAACUUUCUCUGGACCAAAUUCCGCAAUGAGAUUUCCGCCAAACGCCCCAAUGGCUCCGUCUUACCCCUCUACGUCAUGCACUGUCGCCCUACAAAGCCGCAGUUGCGAUACGAGCGCGCUUCAGACAAAACAUACAUUGGCAAAGGCAGCAUCAACACCUUUUCCAUCAGCGGCGACUGCAUCAUCCACGGCCAAGAAGUCAUCCUGAAGCCACUGAAGCGCUGGAAAACACAGUACAAUUAUCUCUCGCACGCCCUGGGCGGCCUCCCCGUCUCCUGGAUUGCCGACUGCACUUUGAAACUGUGGAAUUUUGUAUGCAUCAAUUCCGAUACCCAGGAGCCUAUUGCAAAGUUCAGUGUCAAUUUUUGGGCCCUCAAGGAGGUUGGCAAUAUUUAUUUUGCAAAGUUCGAAGAGGCCAUUGACGAAAGACUGAGAGAUGAAGUUGUGAUUACAGGGUUGACCCUAUUGUAUAUCAUGACCACUAGAAUCAACAACCCCUUCAACUUGCCAGGUGCCGCUUUUGCGAAGCCCGGCAGGGUUGAGGGAGAUAAAAACUCGACAGCCUCGAGCAUGGAGAACGAGCCAGUGAUGCAGGGUGUAAAAUAGACUGGAAGGAACUCUCCCAAAUCAUGGAAUUCAAGCUUCCAAUGCUACGGGAGGAUGUGUUUGAUUCUUGUAUGUUUGUUUUUUGAUAAUUGGCUUUUCCACUGUCAAGAUAGUUGCUAGGAUGAGAAAAACAUCUGAUACUCAACUCAAAAUCUGAGUUGUCACAUAUCAAGGCAUGCGAUGUAGUUUCUUGAUAUCUGUGAACUGUCUAGUAACAACAGCUCUCGUAAAACGAAAGAUAUCCAUGGCCAAUAAGCACAUGCACU